CGCUCAACAUGGAGGUCCAAAACAUGCCAGAUCAGUCGCUUAUGCCCAACCAGCGCAUCAUGCUCGAUUCCAGAUGUGGGGUAAGUGUGGAAACCAGAGGUCCCGAGCAUCCCGGUAUCGAUCCCGAUACCUCUCUGCGUGGGUGGGUCUUCCCGUUCCCACAAUCCAGUGGCAAAAGGUCUAUUAAUACUAAGUGCUGCACACAACAAUAGAUAUGCGGAUUCUGCCGGGCCAACGCAAAUGGUUAACUGAACGACUUGAAUCCCAUCGCUCGUCUGACACAGAAAAUGGAGGACGUGCUUAAUGUGUCUGGGAAAGCGUCGUCGAGCACCCCCACUCCCAUACCCACCCCAUCAGCGGCCGUCGACAAGGACGACUGCCCCUGUACCAUCGAGCUGGUGCAGCCCGAAGACGCCGAGGCUGUGAUCGCCAUGCUCAAGACGUUUUUCUUCAAGGACGAGCCGCUGAAUACUUUUCUUGAUCUCGGGGAAUGUAAGGAGCUGGAAAAGUACUCCCUGAAGCCCUUGACCGAUAACUGCUCCUACAAGGCAGUUAACAAAAGUGGGGAUAUUAUUGGGAUAUUCCUGAACGGCUUGAUUCGACGCCCGUCUCCCGACGAAGUUCCUGAAAAGGCAGCCGAUUCUUGCGAUCAUCCCAAAUUUAAGAAGAUCCUCUCCCUCAUGGAUUAUGUUGAGGAGAAAUUUAACAUAUUCGACCUCUAUCCCAACGAGGAGCUGAUCCUGGAUGGCAAAAUUCUCUCCGUGGACACCAAUUACCGCGGCCUGGGCAUUGCUGGCCGUCUCACGGAGCGGGCGUACGAGUAUAUGCGGGAGAAUGGGAUUAAUGUUUACCAUGUGCUCUGCUCGAGCCACUACUCGACCCGGGUAAUGGAGAAGUUGGGCUUCCACGAGGUGUUCAGCAUGCAGUUCUCCGAGUACCAGCCGAAUGGAAAGGUUGUCUUCAAGCCAGCCCAUCCGCAUGUCGGAAUGCGUAUUAUGGCCAAGGAGCUGAAUCUGGAUGACAAGCAGGCGACAAAGACCAAGCUGUAGAUGAAACCAGCAGCUGGUCCGGACUGGAUCUGGUUCUGGUGCUGGUACAGGUCCUCACUCGUCGAUGGCGUUCGAUUUUGUACUAUGUGAUUCUUUAGUUUGUAGUUCGGUGGCGGGUUCCAGGUAGUUCCAUCUCAAAUGUCUCUACUUUCAAUUCAAAAUAGCAUAAACAAACAGUACAAGUUACGUAUUUAUCUAAUUUAAUUCGUCUGUCGAUAAACUUAAGUGUUUUUUGUGUUUAGAAUGAACUCAAAAUAAAAGAUUGACUUUUAA